AUGAAGUUCCAACCCUCGCGGCAGGCCUCCGAGGGCUUCGUGGGCAAGCAACUCCGCAGGAUCAUCCCCUUAUGCAUCGCCUGCGUCGUCCUGCUCCUGUACCGCAAUGCCGUUACUGGCGGCUCGGCCGAAUCAGCGCCGUCGGUGGUCGGCCGAUUCCCUCGGAAGAUUUGGCAGUCGUGGAAGGUCGGCCCUCUUGCGUUCGACCAGAGGGACAUAGACCGAGCGAAGACGUGGACGGUCAAGAACCCGGGGUACCGAUAUGAGGUCCUCACGGAUGAUAAUGCGAUGGGCUAUGUGGAACACCACUAUGGCCCGCAGGUCCUCAAUCGGCCGGACAUUGUGCACACCUACCGGUCACUCAACGACAAGAUCAUCAAAUCCGAUCUGCUGCGAUAUCUGGUCAUGUAUGCGGAGGGCGGUGUCUACGCGGACAUCGACGUGGAAGCUCUCAAGCCUCUCGAGCUCUUCAUCCCGGAUCGGUUCGACGAGAGGGACAUUGACAUGGUGAUUGGGGUCGAGACGGACGAACCCGGCUUCUUGGACCACCCUGUGCUCGGAUCGAAAUCGCGGUCGUUCGUGCAGUGGACCUUCAUCUGCAAGCCGCGACUGCCCGUGAUGAUGAGGCUGAUCGACGGCAUCCUGGCCUGGCUCAACGAAAUGGCGAAGAAGCAAGGCAAAACGAUCUCGGAGCUGCAACUGGACUUUGAUGAGGUCAUCAGCGGCACUGGGCCUUCGGCGUUCACGGAGGCCAUCUUGGCUGAAAUCUCGAGCAUCCGCGGCGAGCCGACCACGUGGGAUCACUUCCACAACAUCCUGGAGUCGAAAGUGGUUGGACGCGUUCUGGUGCUCACCGUCGAGGCGUUUGCAGCUGGCACGGGCCAUUCAGACUCGGGCAAUCACGGCGGGAAAGGCGCGCUGAUCAAACAUCACUUCCACGCGUCGUCGUGGCCCACCAGCCAUCCUCGCUACAAGCAUCCGGUGUACGGCGAGGUGGAGAAAUGUAACUGGAACCCGGAAUGCAUCAAGUUGUGGGACGCCAACACCAAGUUCUUCGACUCGCUGCCGGCGCAGGAGCAGGUGAAGCUGAUUGCCAUGAAGGAGUUGGAGGAUGCCAACAACCCAAAUCCUGAGGAUGAAGCCCCCUUGGGCGGCCAGGGCGCCGCUCAGCAACCUGAGGGAGCUGUGCCGGUCCAGGCGCCGUUCGCGGAUGCGCCAGAGGGCUGGUAUCAAGGGGAACCGGAAGCUUACGAGGGUGAUCCGGAGGCUGAAUUAGAAAUGCCGGCCCCUAAGCCAGUGGCGAAACCUGAGGCGAAACCGGUGCCGAAACCUGAAGCAAAGCCUGAAGCAAAGCCUGAAGCGAAACCUGAGGCGAAACCAGAAGCAAAGCCUGAAGUCAAGGCUGAAGCCAAACCAGAUGCGAAGCUCGAGGCCAAACCUCAAGACAAAGAUGCGCAAGAGAAGCCUGAUGUCAAGUUGGAGGUUAAGGAGGCCAAAGCUGAACCCAAGCCUGAGGCGAAGCCUGAACCCAAGCCCGAAGUCAAAGAUGAGAACAAAGGAGCAGACAUCUGGGUAUGA